AGCUGCGAGAGAGCGACUUCUACAUACCAUACUUCCCGCUCCUCCUCAAAGACUACGAGAAAUGCGAUCAGCAACCAGCAGGAGAUAGAAGGAUAAGUCGACAGCAGUUAGCUGCCUUGGCCGGAGUACUAGAGCCCAUCACCCGUCUACAGACCAAACGACCGCACUGUCCACGCAUUGAGAAUUUAUAUUCACUGCUGGCCAUAGCCUUGGAGCCACGAAUGUCCUGGGACGAGCUCAACAAACAGUCCAUCGCCUCAGAACUAGGGCCCAAACUCUCGACGGGAAUGCCACCCAAUGAGAAAAUGAACGAGCCAGUGAUGCGGAGUGGGCUUGAGCAACGGGUGUUGCUGCGGGAUAUUGACCGCCUGUGUUCGGUGAUAUUUGCGACAUUCGAUAUCAAUAACGACGGCGUGCUGUCGCAAUCAGAAUUUGUGCACGUUCUGAGCAACUUCCCCUUCCUGGGCAAAUUUAUAGACUUGGAUGCCGAUGGCGAUGGCUUGAUCAAUCGAGAGGAGCUGCGACGGUGUCUCUUGAAGGCGACCAAUGUGCCAGAUGUGCACCACAGCCAGAAUCCGGAACUAAUGGAAGUGCACGUAGUCGUCAACGAUGACAACCGCUACUACACCGUGAACAUUCGUCUGCCCGAUGGCAAGAUCCACACAGUGAUCACGCGAUACUCGGCUGUGCUGAGCUUCUACAACGAUGCAAAGGAGGGGCGGCUGAGUAUUCCCUCGACAUUUAAGUUCCCGCCGAAACAUUACCUACCCUGUUUACGGGGUAGAUAUACAGAGCAACGGAAAGAAGCCUUCGCCGAAUUGUUUAGGCUCGCAUGCAGCCGAACGGAGAACUUCGCAUUCCUGGUAUCCCGGGGUUUUCUGCCCAAGACUGUAGUCACUGGACUGCGGAGGAAAUCGAGAGUUUUGACGGCGUAGCCACUGCUUAAACAUUAGAUUAUAACAAUAAAAGUUUUUUGCGAG